AUGGCUACUAGCAUCGAGGUAGCAGAUGAUGCGGUCAACGCCGCGCCGUCGAGGCCGGAUCCGGAGAAGACGCCCGUAGGCGCAUCUACCGAGCGGGUGUCCGACCAGAUCCCGCACAAGAUGCUGGAAGAACUGGCCCCCAACGGCGAGGCUGAUUACAUUCUGGACAAGAUCAAUGGCAUGAGCGAGGAUGAGGCUAUUGAGAUCCUUCACGAAGCCGUCCAGUUUCACGCCGAUGACUGGAACUUUCCUUCGGAAAUGAGAGAUCGCAUGAAGCGGCUGCUCGAGGGACCCAAGGCGUAUGGAGAAUUUUACGAGCGCGACCUUAGGAUUGACGCGGUGUUGAUGAGAUAUUCAUCGCCGUAUCCGGGCGUGCGUUCUGUUGCCGAGCAUACGGACGACACUCAUGUGCCUAUCGAGACCUUCCGAGCCUACUUUCUUGGCAUCGGAUGGGCCGUGAUAGGAACUUUCAUGUCGACGUUCUUCAAUAGUCGUUUCCCGUCUAUCACUCUGAGCGGCUCCGUCAUUCAAAUCUUGCUGUACCCUUGCGCCAAAUUCCUCGAAAAGGCGCUGCCCGACUGGGGUAUCACCGUGAAGGGAGUUCGCCACUCACUCAAUCCGGGUCCCUGGACAUUCAAGGAGCAAAUGUUUGCUACCAUCACGUACAAUAUUGCCAUCUAUACCACCAACAGCUACGGAAUGAUUCUUGUCCAAAAGUCCGACGUGUACUAUGGCGAGAAAUUCGUCAACUUUGGCUACCAGCUCAUGCUGACUCUGUUCGUUCAACUCAUGGGCAUGGGUUUCGCCGGCUACCUUCGCCGAUUCAGCGUCUAUCCCGUCAAGGCACUGUGGCCGACGAUCCUGCCGACCAUUGCCAUGAACCGAGCUCUAACCACCCCGGAGCCAAAAGAGAAUAUAUAUGGCUGGACCAUCUCGAGAUAUAAUUUCUUCUAUGUAUGCACAAUCUCCAUGUUCGUCUACUACUGGUUCCCUGGGUAUCUAUUCACGGCACUGUCGACAUUCAACUGGAUGACCUGGAUUGCACCAGAGAAUUUUACUCUGGCUAUCCUCACUGGGUCGUCGCUGGGCCUUGGACUCUUCAAUCCCAUCACGACUUUUGACUGGAAUGUUGCGACGUCUUCUUAUGCCGCCCUGGCUAUGCCAUUUUUUGCAACGUGCACGCAAUACUUUGGUAUGUACAAUACGGCCUAUCUUCCCAUCAACUCUUCCUCGGCAUUCGCCAACGACGGAACUGCGUAUGAAGUGCAAAAGGUUGUCAUUGACAACAAAUUGAACCACACUUUGUAUCAGGAAUAUUCUCCGCCUUUCUACUCGGCGGGCUAUGUACUCACCGUGGGAGCCAACUUUGCAUUCUACCCCGUAUAUUUUCUCUACAUCAUGUUCAACCAAUGGAAAACAGUAUCUCAGGCAUAUGUCGACUUUUACCAGGGUCUGAGGCGCGGCAAGGGCAACUUUGAGGGUGCAAUGGAUAUUCACAACCGCCUCAUGUCCAAAUAUCCUGAAGUGCCGGACUGGUGGUUUUUGCUCAUUUUGGUUGCGGCCAUUGUCGUGUCAGUCAUAUUCCUGAAGAUCUAUCCUCUCGACACACCAGUGUGGCUGGUCUUUUUGAUGAUUGGCAUCAACUUGAUCUUUGCCGUUCCUCUGUCGUUUCUGUCAGCAACCACUGGCACAAACCUGGGACUCGGAUCGUUGAUACAAGUCAUCACCGGCUUUAUCCUCCCCGGCAACCCCAACGCAUUCCUCUUUGCGCAGACUCUGGGCUCAUGGGCCCUGGCCGGAUAUGGCGACAAUUACGUCCAGGACCAGAAGAUGGCACAUUACUGCAAAAUCGCGCCGCGGGCAGUAUUCCGAAGCCAGAUCGGAACCAUUCUCAUCACCUGCUUUGUGGCGGUUGGAACACAAGACUUUAUCCUCAACAACGUCAAGGGCCUCUGCACGGCAGAUCAGCCGAGCAAGUUCACCUGCGCCAAUGACGGCGCCCCCCUCUACACCAGCUCGCUCAUGUGGGGGCUUCUGGGGUCGGAGCGCAUGUUCAACGGGCUCUACCCGCUCUUCAAGUGGUGCUUCCUGAUCGGGACCCUGAUUGCGCUCGUGUUCCUGGCGGGCCAGAGUCUGGGGCCGCGGUACCUGCCCGGCGUGCGCGAGAAGCUCCGGGUCCAGCUCCGGCCGCGCACGUUUGCCCUCCUCGACCGCACCUUGUUCCCGUUUGUGGCUUCGCUGCUGUGGCUGAACCCGAUUCUCAUCAUUCAGGGCAUCCAGCACUGGGCACCGUCCAAUUUGUCUUACAAGACGCCUGGGUUCAUAUUGUCGUACAUUUUCAUGUACUGGCUUCCAAAGCACAGGUUGGCCUGGUGGGAAAAAUACAACUACGUGCUAUCAGCUGCGCUGACGGCUGGUGUCGCCAUUUGCGCUCUGAUUAAAUUCUUUGCCGUGGAAUAUGAUCCGGUCAGCCUGAAGUGGUGGGGCAAUACCGUAUCGUUGGCUGGGAUUGAUGGGUCCAGUACUGGGCUGCUGCCAAUCCCAGAGAGAGGAUAUUUUGGUCCGGAGAAGGGGACUUUCAUAUAG